AUUUUCGGUUCAAUUACAUAAAGCCAAACCUCGAUCUCAUGAUGAAAUGGAUAAACGCAGAGGUUAUACAAAUAUCUAUACUUAUUCAUUAUUCAAUGGAACUGGUUUAGUGGGACGAGGACUAAAGAUUUAGCAAUGGCUCGGAGACGGGAUCUCUCCAGACCGGAUCUGUCCUCGACAAGAGCAAAAGACGAAUAUCUAGAAGAUUCCAAUGUCAUCUUUGAAAUCGGAAAAAUUCUAGGAUAUGUUGUUGAUAUGGAAAUGAGGAAUAUACAUGGAAAGCAAAUGGAAAGUGUCAGAUGUGAAAUGGGAGCAUCAGAGAAUACUGUUUGCGAUGAAUGCUCAAUCGGAAAUUUGUUACCCUGCCCAUAUCCCGGUUUAUGCAAGAAAAGGGACGGUGUUUGUACCUUCCAUAAAAAUCCUGCUGAAAUGUGUAGACCUUGCCCAAACCGCAUUUGUGACAAAAUACGAGAAAACAUCGAAAAUAUGCAUGUAAACAGAAGACCAAACUGGCGAUUUACACGCGCUGAGUUCAGGUGCACGGAUCAUAACGAAUUGGUCAAAUGUUACAUUCCUGAUUAUCUAUCUUGCAACUUGCCACCAACGACGGACAUAUCUGCAUUGGUCUGUGUCAUUAUAAACAAUACGGAAUUGAGCAGGGCGCUUUCAUCAUCAAAUGUAUCUUUUGAUCGGCUGCGGCAAAUAAGAAACGAGAUAGCGCAUUCAAAUGGCCUACGUCUCUCAAAUCGUAAAAGGAUGGAACUUCUGUGUAUGAAACAAAAGUUGAACGAAUUUAUAAAUAAAGAUUUGAACGACGAAGAACUUGAACAAGAAGCUGAAACAGCAACAAACCGGGAUGAUUUGAACGACGAAGAUCGUGUACAAGAAGAUCAUGCAACGUCAUUAUGGAACAACUGGAUGGCAGAAUGCUGCCUCUCCGGACAUUUUCAAGGUCCAAACCCUCCAGAAUUUUGGCUGAUUUUGACUGCCGGUGCUAUUUUUCCCAGUUGUUUUGAACCACUAUACGCAAUAAUGCUCAUAGGAAUAGUUAUGGUAUUAAUUAUUUGUCGAUGGUGUAUAGCUGGCCGGCGAAAUGUUUUUUGUACAAAUGCAGUUGAGAGAAACAACUCCCGAGAGAAAGAUCUUGAAGAAAAGACCAAUCGAAUAGUUGAGGCCAGUCUUUUGCAAUCUAGAGUUCGAAGUGAGGAACUACUUGUUGAUAAUAUUCGUGAUUUCAAAAACGAGGCUUUGGAGCAGCAAAAUGCAUUAAGCAGCCAGACUUUUACUGACUACUCCAAUUAUCAAGAAAAAAUGAAGCGAAUGAAUGAAGCAGGUCAAUUAGAUUUCCGCAUAACGGCUACUGAAACACUUUCUGAGACUGUUCGUGAAUUCAAGGAAGAAGCAUUGGCACAACACAUGGAAAUAAAUAACCAAACAUCGGCGCACAGAUGUGCAACGGAGGAUGCAAAGCAUGAACUUAGAAAACGCCUUGCUCGAUUUUAUCAUGAUAUCAAAGUGAGCCCCUUUAUAUCACAGAAAACAAAAUUUGAUCUGGCAGAUUUUUAUGUCAGAUCUAGAAUGCAUAUUAUGGACAAAAUACAGUGGAGUUCAGAUGAUGGCCGAGAUAUGAAUGAUGUCAAAAGCUACAAAGACCUGCUAUAUUUGAACAACAGUCAAGCUAGAAACGUUUUCUUACUUGGGGACUCCGGCGAAGGAAAGUCCAUGCUUAAUCUGAAGCUCGCCCUAGAUUGGUCCCAUCGGUAUUUAAACUGCUCUGAGCACACUGAACAAGAAUCAGAAGAAUCCUCUUUGUUUUUCGAUGGUGACAUACUCCAAACUUUCGAAUAUCUUUUCUACGUAGAUCUUAAGGGGUGCACAAGAGGGUGUGAAAUGGAUGACAUAAUUAAAGAGAGGCUUAUCUUCAAUCUGUAUUCAUUUCACGAACGAGAAGAUGCUUACAAACUUGUAGAGGAAGUGCUAAAUACUGAGAGGUGUAUGAUCAUUGCUGAUAACACUGAAGAAUGGAAACAUCCAACAAAUUCGGCAUGUCUUUGCACUGAUAGAUGUUUGCCUCUCAGUGUCAAAAGGCCGCUUUGUACGUUUGUGUUCACAAUGCGACCGUGGAUGUUUUUCCAGAACUGUUCUGUCGUUCCCGACAAAGAUAACGUUAUUAAGGUCAAUGGAGUAUCCGAUGCAAAACAGCUCGUGUCGAAAAUAAUCGUCAUCCUACAACGAGCAUUGCCAUCUCAGAAAGACUGCUGUUCAAUGGAAUUUAAAAGAUAUUUAACUAAGCGCCAAAUGGAAUCACUUUUGUCAAACCCGAUGUAUCUGGUGUAUUUGGUUUGCCUAUGGUAUGAAGGAGAAAAUUGGGCCAUAUUUGACUCAAGAUGCAAAGUGUUUAGUCGAUUAAUUCGAAUAAACCUAUCAAAGGAAACUGCUUAUUCGCAAGACGCAGAAAACGUUGAAGUGUUUCCACAGUUUUUGCAAUGUUUCAUAGACCAAACAACAUCCGAGUUCUUACGGUCGGUUUCAUGCCUAGCGUUUGAAGCUUACACAGCGACUCGGACAAGAGACAUUGGAAAUAGCCUAGUGAAUGAGCAUUUGGACCCACAAACACUUGAACAGGCCUUAGACAUUGGAAUACUCUCUCUGAUAUCGAAACAUUCGUUCACAACGUGUCAGCCGAAGACCAUUUACUACUUUACAAAUCCAACGAUGCAGGAUUUUCUCUUCGUUCUUUACCUUUUCUCAAAACGGGAAAAUAACGGCGGGGAUUUAGGACCGAGACAAAUGUUCUUCCUCGGAAAACGACUAUGUUUGAUUGUGCUCAUAUUUUUAUCUUCAGUUGUGCAAUGGUUCCUGAAUAUGCAAACGCUCUCUCGGUAGAA